AUGGAUGUUGUCACCCUGUUUUUGGGUCUCUCCAAUGAACCAGAACUCGCAGGCCUGUUGUAUUUGUCUUUAACCCACUUCAUUCACUCAGCUAGUAUGAUCAAAGAUGAUAUCCUCCUUCCUCAGCCUCAUGCAAUCUCUACCUCUUCAGUGCUUCAUUUUCUACCACCAAGCAUCACUGAAUUCCUAGGCGAAUCUUUCAGUCUCUCUCAACAUGCAGUUCAUGUACUAUGGCUUGCAGUCAAAGAUAUUGUUUGG